AUGCCGUAUAUAGGAUCGUCGAAUAGUUCGAAUGUGUCCUUCAUGGCCAUGAAGGAGAAACACUCUAUCAACAAGAAGAGCGCGGCGCAGUCGCAGCUAUCUUUGGGGGAACAUGCGAGGAGUCCCCUGUACAACUCUACAGAGGAAGCUGACGGGGAUACAAACUCGUCCAUCCCGUCGUCCGCUUCGGGGACGACCAUUUCGUCGCCGACAAGACCUUACAGGCCGCGACCACCCUCACCACAGCGCGACAGUACGCUCAGGGCAGGCGCGGGCGGACUCGCAUUUGGGAAUGGAACCGCUACCAAUGGUGGCACACCCACACUGGAGAAGAGGUCGCAGAGUAUUUCGUCGGCCGCGUCCAGUGUCACAGACGUCGGAGUCCAGGAACUGUACACACUGCCGAACGAGUCCACGCACUCGUAUUCGUACAACCCGCUGUCCCCCAACUCGCUCGCCGUGCGGCUGUCCAUCCUCAAGAGAUCACUAGAGAUCAUCAUAGGGAACCCAAAGAUUAUAGAGAACGAGCCAGCCGUGGCGUCGCAGUUCUCAAGGAGACGCUCGUCAGCUCAGGAUAACACUACGCACAGACAGAUGCGGUCUGCGUCCAUGGUCAACGGAGAUAGAAGUGCACACAGACAAUCACCAGGGUACCUUACAAAACAGGACUUGAACACAAUGCGCAGGUUCUCCAUCUCCGCGGAUAGCAGUAACUGGGCCAAAUUUAACACGCAACAGAUAUGGACCACACCCACGGCGGCGCUUAACGCCUUCGUGGCGAACACGACACAGAUCACAGCACCGCCCGAUGUCGAAGACGACCUCGACGAUCACACGACGAACGUGAAACAGUUUAUCACAGAGGGGAAGACGGCGAACACGCUGAAACAUAGGACGAACUCGCUAGCGUUCCUCCCCCGGAUAUGGAACGAGUACGACUUCGACCCGCAGACUGUCGGGCCAGCUCCACAGAGGUCCCGUAGCGCAAACCUAAACAAGAGAAGGUCAAGUAUCAUGUUCAGACAACCGUUCCCAAGUGCGGGCACACCGCAACCCGUGGGAGGCGACGAAGAAGUUUCGAGGGGCAGCUCGGAUGACGACAGCAAGGGGGAGAAGGAGGACGAGGAUGAGGAAGAGGAGGCGUACAUUGACGAACAGAGGGCAAAUCUCAUGAGUCUGCUUGACUUGCUCAACGAAACAUUGGAGAAUAACACUUCGAAGAGGGCACCGGACCUUCACAUGCUUUCGCUUUUCAACAUCAAUAAACUCAUCCUGGAUAAACCGACCAGUAGUAAACCCAAUAGCGAUGGAGAGAGUAGCGACGAUGAACCCUUUGGGAAGAAUAAAACUUACUCAGAGGAGGACAAACAUACGCUGAGAUUGAAGAAAACUUUGCUAGACAGUCUUGCGGAACCGUUCUUCGAAAGAAACAUCUCCUACGAGGAGGCGAAUGAAAACGAAAUGACUUUAAGACCGGGGAUCGACGACUUGGACUUAUCAAACUCUCAGGGGAGCAUUACUCACCCUGGAGACGCAAAGCGCGAUUACGGCAGAAUCCUACACACCUUCACAUCGACGAAAAAUUCAGCGCCACAAGCCAUCUUCACUUGCUAUCAACAGCACCCGUGGCAGUUCAAAGCCGCUAACGACCUCGCGUGUCUGAUCUUCGGCAUAUCGAAAAAUGUGCUCAAGUCCCUCACACUGAUGGACUUGAUCCACACGGACUCGAGAAACUUUGUCAUUCACAAAAUGCUCGCCACAGAGGACCAAGAACUCGUAUUCACUGGGGAAAUCAUUGGGAUCGUACAACCGGGCAGUUCAAACCAGAACCUCAUAUGGGCUUCGUUUUGGGCCAAGCGGAAAAACGGGUUGCUCGUUUGUGUGUUCGAAAAAGUACCCUGUGACUACGUCGAUGUGAUGCUCGAUCUCAACGAGUUUCAAGUGGAGGAGGUAGUCAACAAUGGCUGUCUACUGAAUGACUCCAACAAGUCAAAGGAUAUCAACCAGCGGCACGAUGCUGUGAAGCACAGACAACCCAAAUUUGAACUCGGGAGCAAAAACAGGAAGAAAUCGUUCACGUUGGAGAGGACGACGGAGGGCGGAAACAGCGGGUACAACACGGAAAGCGAAAGUAGUGACGAGGACUCGGAAGAGGAUAGCAUGGACGCCAACACAGGAGGGUAUACCACCCCAGAGGACGACAAUGCCCUCACAGACCAGCAGAAGGCGGAGGGCAUGGCUGGCACUCUGGGGAAGAAGUCGGUCACUUUUGCCAACGAGUUCCGCGACUUGCAGAAUAUCAGUAACUCGCUUGCCCAACUCAUCGAGGACGUGAAGGACGGGAAAAGAUUCCACAAGGAUGACGAUCUGUUGCCCAUGGCUCAAAGAAUCUCAAACCAUAUCAACCAGCGAAGGUACUUCACAAUCACGUACCCAUCGUCCAAUAUCCCAUGUGCCGUGUCCUCCUCUGUUCUAGCCAAUGACUUGAAACUGAAAAUUCAUAGUUUGCCAUACGAAGCAGGUCUCUUCAUCAUAGACUCGCAUACUUUGAACCUUGUCAGUUUCAAUAGAUCCAUUUCCAAAAAUAUGUUUGGGUACCAUUUCCGUGACCUUGUCGAUAAACCAAUCACCAAAAUAAUACCAUCCUUCAGAAGCAUCGUGGAGUUCAUCGCAAGAACGUACCCAGCUCUAAACAUCACCUAUCACAAAAACAGAGGAAUCGUCCUCACGGAACACUUCUUCAGAAAGAUGCAAGCGGAGAUCGAGGGUGACUCAGAGGGGUUUUACACCUCGGUCGGUAUUGAUGGUGUGCAUAGUGACGGGAAUGCCAUCAAAGUCGACUUCCAGAUGCGUGUGCUCAAUCCAAACUAUGCGUUCGUGUGGAUAACACACUCGAGAGAUGUUGUGUUUGACGACUACAAGACAAACCCAUCGCAACUAGGGAUGCUUAACGAAAACGAAAUAGCGUACAUGAGCAGUUCAGGGAGUUCCAUUGCGUCUUCGAAAAAAACAACUACAAAGAUACCAGUGAGCGAAUUGAGGGUUCAAAACAGCAAUAUUGCGCUAAGGGGGAACACACCGCUCCCUGUAGCACCGGUUGGCACCUCUAUCGACGCAAAGGUGCUAUACCGUGUUAAGGAUAGAUCGAUAAGGGAUGGGUCUAGCGUGGCAAGCACAAGUUCCUGCCUAUCCAGCCCUCUACUGAAGUCUCAAGACCAGAAUAUAAAGGCGCCGAUUCCAAUGAUCAACACGGAGCUCGACAUAAAGAACAAACUUGCGCAAUUCUAUAGUAAGGACAAGUCGCAAUUCGUCAAAGAGGGUAAUUUUAAAGUCGACCAAAACCUGAUCAUCAGUAAGAUAUCCACGUCACCGAUACUAAGGCGCGACUCCUCCGGGGUACCGACUCCGACGGAGGAGAACCCAGGAAGAAGACCAUCCAAUAAUGACAUUGCAGUCUCCAACCGUACCCCAACGACGUUUCUUUACAAACCAGUGCAUAACAUUGGAGCUCUCAAACACUCGAUCAAAUUCUCUGAUUUCACAAACUUGCAAAAAAUGGGUGAAGGUGCGUACGGUAAAGUGAACCUGUGUAUGCACAAGAAGGAGAAGUACAUUGUGGUCAUCAAGAUGAUCUUUAAGGAGAGGAUCUUGGUGGACACAUGGGUGAGAGACCGGAAACUGGGAACGAUACCUUCCGAGAUCCAGAUCAUGGCCACUUUGAACAAACAACCACACGAAAACAUAUUAAGGCUAUUGGAUUUUUUUGAGGACGAUGAUUACUACUACAUUGAGACGCCUAUACACGGGGAGACGGGCUGUAUCGACUUGUUCGACCUAAUUGAGUUAAAGAACAAUAUGACUGAGAUGGAGGUCAAGUUAAUCUUCAAGCAAAUUGUAUCAGGUAUCAAGCAUUUGCACGACCAGGCGAUUAUCCACAGGGAUAUCAAGGAUGAAAACGUUAUAGUGGAUGCGACUGGGUUUGUGAAACUGAUUGAUUUUGGGUCUGCCGCGCACGUGAAGAGUGGCCCCUUUGAUGUUUUCGUUGGUACGAUUGACUACGCUGCUCCGGAAGUCCUGAGCGGUGAUCCUUACGAGGGCAAACCGCAGGAUAUCUGGGCGAUUGGUAUUUUACUUUACACGAUCGUGUUCAAGGAAAACCCAUUCUACAAUAUCGAUGAGAUCUUGGAAGGUGAACUAACCUUUAGCGAGUCGAGCGAUGUGAGCGCCGAAUGCAAGGCGUUGAUCUCGAUGAUCUUGAACAGGAACGUGCAAAAGAGACCCACAAUCGACGAUAUUUACAACGAUAAAUGGUUGGAGUUGUGA